AUGCCAGCUCCCCGGAAACAGAUGAUCAAGGCCCUGGUGCAGAAAUUUACCGACCCAAAAGACAGUUUAGCUACGUCCUGGCGCGCCGACUUCAUCGAAAACAAGGGGGAGGGUCAGAUAUUCCUACUUCAUGGUGGCCCCGGCGUUGGGAAGACAUAUACCGCAGAAUGUAUUGCCGAAUACACGAAUCGUCCACUGCUCUCCCUCACCUGUGGCGAUAUCGGCAUCAACGAAAUCAGAAUGGAGCAGCAGCUCUCAAAGUGGUUCAGACUUGCUGAAAAAUGGGGGGCUGUCAUGCUGAUUGACGAGGCCGACGUUUAUCUCGAGCGACGCGUUGUUAGUGAUCUUGAACGCAAUAGUCUUGUGUCGGUCUUCCUUCGUUGCAUCGAAUACUACAGGGGCAUCUUGUUCUUGACCACCAAUCGUGUAGGGCAUUUUGAUGAUGCCUUCAUUUCCAGAAUUCACGUUGUCAUCAAGUAUGAUCCUCUCAGCGAAGACAACCGCCGCCAAAUCUGGACACAGUUCUUCGACAAACUCACCGACGAGCGUCAGGAUUUCAUCAUCACUGGGCGUGCCAAACAGUACGUUUUGGAGGAUGAUAUCAUUAAAAAGCUCGAAUGGAAUGGCCGUGAAAUCCGGAAUGGUAAGUCCAGUUGA